UACCAGGUUUCAUAGAUCCAAUUGUAAUAGUGUAGUUUGUUUCGAAACGUGUUCAGUGUUAUUUUUUCUGUUAUUUCUACAUGCAUUCGAGUUCAAUAGAAAGGAGUUCAAGAUUUUCAUUUCGUAGUGUGUCAAGGACAGAGAAAUUUCAGUUGGUAUACACUAAAUAGAGAAGACUUGAAAAUAAUCCAGUGUUUAGAUCAGUCUGUCAAAUCAGAUAUGAUGGAUCAAGGAUUUCCGGCACAGCAUACGACUACGACAACAGUAACGACGAGUACCACUACAACGCAACCAAAUAUUCGAUUUGAUCCAUCUUAUAUAAAAACAUUGCCCGGAAUUCUCAAAGCUGCUCAAGUGUGUUUGAAUCUUUUGGGAUUCAUAUGCAUUACAGUAUCAAUUCAAAGUACUUCAAGUCGUGGAGGAUGGUUUAACACUGUGGCCAUGGGCGGUUUUUGGUUCACGGGAAUAUUACUCGUUUUCUAUUUGUUUCACAUCGUCGAAAAAUUUUCAAAAAUUCCUUGGCUAAAAAUUGAAUUUAUAUUUUGCACAAUUUGGACUGCUUUCUAUUUACUAGCUGCUUCCCUUGCAGCUGAUUAUAUUAGAUAUACAGAAGCUUUUGGAGUUGCAGCAUUUUUCGGAUUCUGUGCUAUGAUAGCUUAUGGUUAUGAUGCCUGGCUUAAAUUCCAUGCGGCAAGAAGCGGUGCUUUAGCGCAAGGACAGCACACACCGAAACAAGUAUCUACGGUGACGAGUCCUGCGUACUAAUUUCGCCUUGAAAGUGUAUGGGUUUUGGAUGAAUCAUAUAAGUGGACCAGCUUCAAAACAUAUCCUUGUCUUUAUAGAGGCGAUUUGUUAUGGUAAAUCUAAUUUGUGCUUUUGUACGUACCUAGAUUUAACGCUAACGAACAAUAACA